CACCCUAUCUCAGUCCAGUACUUUCUAGGGGGCGCUGAGGGUGUGGACCUGUCUCAUUUUACCCGGAGACAACCACAGGCUGUAUAGCUAAUAACUUAUUUUUGACUACAUUACAAAACAGUAAGCGGUCGUUGUCAGUGUUGCUUAAGGUGCUGUCCAGCGUUUCCGAUAGGGUCCUAGAUGAGGGACCAAUUCUUGCCUGGACUCGCCUGAACUCCUCAGGUCAUCUAUCUUUGUAACCUCAGUUUCGAAUCCACCAACCACAAUGGAUGAUAUCUUUACACAGUGCCGGGAAGGCAACGCAGUUGCAGUCCGCUUGUGGCUGGAUAAUACAGAGAAUGAUCUCAAUCAAGGAGAUGAUCAUGGUUUCAGUCCCCUCCACUGGGCAUGUAGGGAGGGACGCUCCAAUGUGGUGGACAUGCUCAUUAUGAGAGGAGCGCGCAUCAACGUCAUGAACCGUGGAGACGACACACCUCUGCACUUGGCUGCUAGUCAUGGACACCGAGACAUUGUGGGGAAGCUGAUCCAGUGCAAAGCAGAUACCAAUGCAGCCAAUGAACACGGGAACACACCACUGCAUUAUGCCUGCUUCUGGGCACAUCAUCAAGUGGCUGAUGACCUUGUGAAUAACGGGGCUCUGGUGAGCAUCUGUAGCAAAUAUGGAGAAACACCUCUGGAUAAAGCUAAACCUGAUCUGCGUGAACUCCUCAGCGAAAAGGCUGAGAAAAUGGGGCAGAACCUAACUAAAAUACCUUUCAAGGACUCAUUCUGGAAAGGCACCACCAGAACCCGACCACGCAACGGUACCUUAAACAAACUAGCGGGAAUCGACUACAAACAGCUUUCCCUCACCGCUAAAAAAAAUGAAAACCAAUCUGGAGAGCUGUGGCAAGGGCGUUGGCAAGGAAACGAAAUCGCUGUUAAGGUGCUAAAAAUUCGGGACUGGACUCCGAGGAAGAGCAGAGACUUUAACGAGGAAUACCCCAAACUCAGGAUUUUUUCCCACCCAAAUGUCCUACCCAUGUUGGGAGCAUGUCCGUCUCCUCCUGCCCCUCACCCCAUCAUCAUUACACACUGGAUGCCUUAUGGCUCCCUCUACAAUGUGCUCCAUGAAGGCACUAACUUUGUGGUGGACCAGACACAGGCCGUCAAGUUUGCUCUGGACAUUGCAUCUGGAAUGGCCUUCUUACACACACUUGAACCCAUGAUUCCUCGCCAUUAUCUCAACAGCAAAAGUAUCAUGAUAGAUGAAGACUUGACAGCAAGGAUCAGCAUGGCGGACGUCAAGUUCUCCUUCCAGUGUCCUGGCAGGAUGUACUCGCCUGCAUGGGUAGCCCCUGAGGCCCUGCAGAAGAAGCCAGAAGAGAUUAACCGUCGGUCAGCUGACAUGUGGAGCUUUGCCAUCCUCCUGUGGGAGUUGGUGACCAGAGAAGUUCCAUUUGCUGAUUUGUCCAACAUGGAGAUCGGCAUGAAGAUUGCUUUGGAAGGUUUAAGGCCCACAAUCCCUCCUGGCAUCUCUCCACACAUAUGCAAGCUCAUGAAGAUUUGCAUGAACGAAGACCCGGCUAAAAGGCCCAAAUUUGACAUGAUUGUGCCAAUUUUGGAUAAAAUGCAGGACAAGUGAAAAACUGCUACUGCUGUCCUUUGUCAAACAGUGUCAAUUCCUGGAUAAUCUUAACCCGGAUGUGACUAUGACUCUCAAAAUGGUGUUGUGGUGCUUACCAGUAUUGCCUUAAACUCUUACCGCUACAUUCAUUCCCACUGUAGCCUCUGCUUCUAAGAUGACUUGAGCUGUAGCCACUUCUUUUGUAUUUGUUUUAUUUUUUCUGUGUGAUAUAUGUUUUGUUACAGUCUUCGCCUCAUAUGUCUUUGCAGGAUUGACUGCUUAUCUUCUAAACUGUAAUCAUGUGGAUUGAGUACAAUCUUUUCCUAGUCACUAAAUAACCUGUUGAGAUCCACAUGAUGAUCUGCUGCAUCAGACCCGUGGAUUUAAGGAUUUAUUUUAUUCAGAAUGUCACUGCUGCUUUACAGCGGUUGAUUUAUGAUUAAAGAAACAGAUUAACCCAAAACAUAUCCUGUGGGAAAAGAUUAAUGUUGGUUUUAGUAGCAAGAAAGUGCAUGCGAUGAGCAAGCAUGCCAAAUAUCAGAAGGUAAUAUUUAAGUAUGUUAGCCAAUUAUCUGAACUCAAAAGGUUGUGCAUUUGAAUGUUUGUUUCAGUGUCAGUGCGAUGACAUCAUGAAGACAUAUAUAACGAUCUUAGACGUUGUUUCUGGACCCUGCAAAGAAUUUAAAACUCACCAAACAAACCUUUUGUUCUCUUGGGGCAGUAACUCUGUGCCAAAACUGUUUGGGGAAAUAAGUGUAAUAUGCAUCAUAGGAUUGCUUUUAAAUCCAUCAUGUAAUCAGUUUCUUACCCACUUGUUUAUCAUGGGUUUAAAAUGUUAUCAUUUAUUAAUGCAAUCUCAGUACCUAUCUCUCAUUUGUAUUAGUUUAUUUUAAUUUAUCUGCGCGGUUGAACAAAUAGCAGUCAGCCACUGUCAACAUGCCAACAGCCGAAUUCAGGUGUUUCUUUUAUUUUGAAUACGGAAAUAUUUGACUCCCAAAAGUUCAUGAACACUUCAUAGUAUAUUAUGGCUGUUGUCACUGUUGUUACCUUAAGAAACUGUUGUACCCCUGGGACAUUAAGGGCAAAGUUUAUUUCUUUCAAAGUGUAAUUACUGAGACUGUUAUUUUUAGGUUUCUGUUUGUUUCUCUGGAAUUAAUUUUACCUAAUGUCAUGGGUUGUUGCCUUUACCUGCAUCCUUUCUGUGCCUCUACCUGCUUGUUUGCUUGUGCUGAAUCACAUGGUUGAAACCAAAAUAAAGAACGAGUAAGACAAAUGUAUGUAUUUAUAUAUAAGUAUAUUAAAAAUUAGAUGUAGCAAGAA